CAGCAACAAACAUCUCAUUAGAAGAAGCGGAGAUAUACGAUGAACUACUCAGUCCCAACUCCCUCCUCGGAGAUAUAAUUCCCCCUGCUAACGAUGAUUUCUACGACGAGAAGAAAGAUAAGCUGAUACCCAAAGAGCUGCAUGCAUACAAGUUCUUCAAAGAAAUACAGAUAAACAAACAAAGGCAACAUCCACUCAAGAAGCAGAUGACUGUUAACUAUUUCAGACCUUUUGAGAAAGAGAAUAUUGCUUUGGAUUAUGAUACUCAAAUGUCGUUGGAUGAUAAAGAGUUAGUAAAGACUCCAGAGUUAGUUUUACAAAUAGCCAUGUACAAGGAAGCUAAGAUGGUUAAAACUAAAGGAGUGUUCGUGUUAGCUUCUCAGACUAUUGCAGAGUUUGUGGAUGCUAUUGACUGUACUAUGGAUCUAGCUCUGUGCUGGCAAGACAACUGUGAUAAUCCAAUGUUAGAAGACGUUGACUGGAACUCUAAAACCAGGACCUCCUCCGCAAUCUUCCUGGACGACACUAUUUAUAUAGACAAACGUAACCCCGGUUACGUGGAUUACUCAGUGGAGAUUAUAAAGUUUCUAGAAAUGCACGCGGGCAAUUUAAACCGUGGUCAGCAGCCCAUUACUAAAACUGAGGACAUAUCCGAAACAAGGUUUAUGGAUCUGGAGCUUCACCUGGGACUGCCCUAUGUAUUCAUUCACCAGGGAGGCUGUGAACAUUUGAUAGUGAUAGAGCAGAUCAGACUGUUUCACCCGGGGGAUGACCCGCGCGUAGUGAACUAUCCGCGUCAAGUUUUCCGCAGCGGGCCGCGCAGAUUAUCCUGUGGUAUUUGUAAUGAGCGGUUUGCACGGUGGAUCACUUUCAACGACGAAGACGCUCCCAGUAGUCCAUGUUACUUUUGUUUUGAGUGUUUCUACAUGCUCCACUACUCAGCAGACUGUGAGAGGCUGAAUGAUUUUAACGCGUAUGUUUAUUUGGAGAAUAUGGACGAUAGGGUAGGUUACCAGGUGGCUUUGCAGAAGUUUAAAGACAGUGUUAAAGUACCGGAAUUAGUCAAGAAAGAGGUAGAAAAUAGUAGUUGAUAAACUGGAGUUAUUGUUUUUAGAUGUUUUUAAAAGUUUGACCGAAUAUUCACAAUUUUUAACUUAAUUUUAUUAUUUACUUAAUUUUAUUAUUUAUAAUUUUAUUGACCGAUAUUUAUCCCGCACAGUAUUUUUAAUUAGAAAAAUUUCAGGAUACACACCAAUUAAAACAAAAAUUUAAUGCC